UUAGUGACGGAACGCAUGGGCAUUCUGUGAUAGCGGAUUCAGCAUUCUCAGUUUUCCUGGUCCGGACAGAUGGUUACUGCUCUUUGAAUGGUGGUGCAGGUUUCAUAUCAAGACCUCGAGGAUUCGGAGAGAAUUUCGUCCGGAGGUUCUAGGCCACUGAUACGGUUUUUGCUGUGAGCUAUGGAGGUGUUGUCGAAAGCAGUGGUGCAGCCUGCCCCUGUGUCUUCGAAUUUCUCGAAGUCUGGAAUUGCCGGCGGCAAGCAGCAUCUUGGAUGUAGACUGGCAUGGCCAAAAUCUGUGUGCACGUCCCGAAACGUCUUCCCCAACGCCUGUGAGACCUCGUUGGUGUCUGCUAAGUCGGCUUUGUCCCAAGCGCAGCAGGAGACAGCUACAGCUGUACACUUUGCUGACCCAUCCCUGGAAGAUUUUGACCCUGAAAUUCACUCCAUAAUCGAACAUGAGAAACGGCGGCAGUUUCGGGGACUUGAGCUCAUUGCCUCGGAGAAUUUCACUUCUCGGGCAGUAAUGGAAGCAGUCGGAUCCUGUCUUACCAAUAAAUACUCGGAGGGUCUACCUGGAAAGAGGUACUACGGCGGUAAUGAAUUCAUCGACCAAAGUGAAAUACUCUGUCAAAAGAGGGCUUUAGCGGCAUUUAAUUUGGAUGCUUCGACCUGGGGUGUCAAUGUUCAACCUCUGUCUGGAUCACCAGCAAAUUUUGCUGUGUACACCGCUCUUCUUCAGCCACACGACCGAAUUAUGGGUCUAGACCUUCCACACGGAGGGCAUUUGUCUCACGGAUUCAUGACGCCGAAAAGACGUGUUUCUGCCACUUCUGUUUACUUCGAAUCCAUGCCUUAUCGCCUCGACGAAUCUACAGGUCUGGUUGACUAUGACAAACUCGAGGAAACUGCCGCAUUAUUUCGACCCAAGCUACUCAUAGCCGGUGCGAGUGCUUACCCGCGAGACUUUGAUUACCCGAGGAUGCGGAAGAUUGCCGACAGUGUUGGUGCUUUCCUGAUGAUGGAUAUGGCACACAUCAGUGGUUUAGUGGCCGCUGGGGUGAUUGGAAACCCUUUCGACUUUUGUGAUAUCGUCACCACCACAACUCACAAGUCCUUGAGAGGCCCACGCGGAGGAAUGAUAUUCUACAAGAAAGCAGCAGUCUUGGGUGUAGACUUAGAGACUUCUAUCAACAACGCUGUAUUUCCUGGAUUACAGGGGGGUCCUCACAACCACACGAUCGGAGGGUUAGCUGUAUGUUUGAAGCAAGUAGCAUCGCCAGAGUUCAAGGCGUAUCAGCAGCAGAUUAUCAACAACUGUCAAGCACUUGCUGGAAGACUGAAAGAGUUGGGUUACACCUUGGUCUCCGGUGGAACUGACAAUCACCUUGUUCUUGUCGACUUGCGUCCCCUGGGAAUUGAUGGAGCACGAGCUGAGAGAGUUCUCGAUCUAGCGUCUAUCACUCUAAACAAAAAUUCUGUACCUGGGGAUAAAAGUGCCGUUGUUCCAGGGGGUGUACGUAUCGGUUCUCCUGCUUUAACAACUCGUGGUUUUAUGGAGGAGGAUUUCGUCAAAGUUGCCGAUUUUAUCCAUGAAGCCGUUGGGCUUGCAAAGAAAGCAAAGGGUCAAGUGGAAGGCACAAAAUUGAAGGACUAUCUAGAGUACGUUCAGUCUCCUGGGUGUGGCAUUAAGAAGGACAUAGAAGACCUCCGAGAGCGAGUUGAGAAGUUUGCUACACAAUUUCCUAUUCCUGGAGUCGACACAGACGUUCUGUAUAGGUAGACAGUGAGAAAUCAAUUUUGUUCAAACUGCAGCCUUUGGAUAAAGAGGCCAGGGAGACUGUAAUCAUAGAGCAAUGGCCACUCAAAGAUUGGGGAGAAGUGUGUCCCCGACCUUGACGGCCAAUGUCAAUAACGGGGUUGGGUUAGAAGAUAGCAAGGAGACAGUUUUGAGAUAUCCUCACAGCAUAGGGUUAUCUCUGAAUUCCUGUGUUAGUUAGAGCAUAGGACUCGAAGCUCAAGCCACUGCAGGGUCCAUCAUGUAAACUUAGCACUGGACAAAACACGUUACGUCAUUAUUGUAAGUUGGAAUGCAAGCAUUGGUCUGGGUUGUGAAAUGACAUGUUUACAAUUCUACCCGCCACACACAGGGUAUGUGAAAUAAAUCUGGCAUGGCAUGUUCCGA